AUGCAAAUCAUGGCGUGUCUCAGCCUCAAGUUCCUUUACUGCCCAACCGCCAGUCUCAGUCUCUCCGCAGCACCAACCCUCCAAGAUGGUGAGACAGAAGAGUGGGCUGAAAUCUGGGGCGCCAUUACAAAGGGCAAGCUCAUGGGAAAUGGUUUCAUAGGCGUUGGUUACACUUUCUGGUAUGCGGGGACACUUAUCCAGUCCCAGCACACAGCACCUCCCUCCAAUCCAAGUCCGUCCACCAAAGCCACCCCUACCCCCAUGACCCAUACACGCCACCCAACCUUCACCCAACCUUCCCGCCUCGCCAUGCCUUUCGCUUCUCUAUUCGGCGGCAAGCCCAUGACUACACCCACAACAAUCGUUGCUACCCUCGGCUGA